AUGGCAGACAACGACAAAACCGUUUACGAAGCAAGGCUGGAUGCCUUCGAGCUUUAUCAUAAAUAUGAAUAUCCAGAACGCCCGAAGAAUCACGGAGAUUGGAAAACUGCGGCGCUGCGGGGACCUGGUCUUCCAGCAUUGGGACAUGCAGUCGCAGGUGCCGCGGGGUCGGCAGUGUCGAAUGUCGCGACAUACCCGCUGAGGUUGAUCGUGACUCGGUUGCAGAUGCAGAGACUUGCUGCGCGCAAAAAGGGCUCUAAGCCGACAGAAGAAAAAGCUGGCUCGACACGAGAAACGUACUCGGGAAUUGUCGACGCGGCACAAACGAUAUACGCAAAGGAAGGAGGCGUCAAGGGCUUCUUCACUGGCGUCGGCGAUGAUACAUGGAAGACCAUUGCGGAUUCGUUUCUCUUUUUCCUCGCAUAUACUGCCCUGCGUCAACAGAGACUCAAUUCUAAACUACACGCAAGCGGGAAAAAGCGCACCGUGCUCCCGAUCCUGGACGAGCUGGCUGUUGGUGUGCUUGCUGGGGCUUUCUCAAAGUUCUGGACAACGCCACUUGCAAACAUUGUGACCAGGAAGCAGACUGCUGCGUUUCUGAGCGAAGAUGGUGAAAUCUCAACUAAGAAGGUCACCGCACAAAUCCAAGCCGAGAAAGGUAUUACUGGGUUCUGGGCUGGUUACUCGGCAUCUUUAUUCUUGACAUUGAACCCAUCUAUCACAUUUUUCUUAAAUGAAUUUUUGAAAUAUGCACUGCUUCCUCGCAACAAACGGCAGAAUCCACCGGCCGCGGCGACGUUUCUGCUUGCAGCUAUCAGCAAAGCUGUCGCUUCUACAAUCACAUACCCAGUUUCUCUAGCCAAAACGCGACUUCAAGCAGAUUCUUCCUCAGACAAUGAAAGCAAAGACACUUCACCUGCCAAAUACUUUAGGCCUGAAGUUUUCUUCACUCUUCAGUCAAUAGCAGUGCAAGAAGGAAUCGGCGCAUUGUAUGACGGCCUUUUCGGCGAAGUUCUCAAGGGCUUUUUGUCGCACGGCAUUACAAUGCUGACGAAGGAUGUGGUACAUUCUUCCAUCGUCAAUACUUACUAUACUCUCCUCAUUUUGCUGAACAAAUACCCAUCCCCUGAUGAGCUGAUGGUUAUCGCUCGCGAACAGGCCGAGGCGUAUGCAGAGGUUGCGCGCGAGGGAGCAAAAGAGCUAGCUGAGACAGUCAAAGAAGGAACAUGGUCCCUGACGUCCUCUAAUAUGUCUGUGGAUAUGACCUCAAAUGCGUCGGAACAUUCCCCUUUUGAUGAUACGAAUGAAUUGGCAGAGAUUGUAGGUGAUUACGUUGAGGAUGACGCUGCUGAAUGGCGCAGUCUUUACCAUUGGUUCUGGAGCCGAUUUAAGUGA